AUGAACGGAUCAUAUCUGCGCAUUUGUUUCGUUCUAACACAACCAAGGCUCAAGGACUGUGAUGUGACGUGGCUGUAUGGCCCAUUACAAACAGGCCACGCUGCCGUGCCUCCUGGUCAAGUAGCAGAUAGUGUCGAACUGACCAAGUCAAACUCGUUCCUGGCGAACAACAAGAAGCCCAUCCUGAAGAAGAGGAGUAUGUCAGAGAUCAUGCUUCAGCGAUCGCUGUCUGCCUCGUCUUUGAUCAAGCAAGCUGCAGCAGCCGUCCAGGCUCAGCAGAAGGACUCGGGUGCACGGAGGAUGUCUCGCCCGCGACUCGAGCGUGCUACAACGGACUACGUCACUUUUCCCUUUUCUUCUCGCCAGUAUAGCACGGGCCCGCCUAGCAUGCUGCCGUCUACCUCUUCCUCGGGAAUUGUCUCGCCGACCUCAGAACGAAGACACAUCCAUUUCAACGAGCAAGUCGAGCAGUGCAUAGCCGUUGAAGCCAAGGGAGAAGACGAUGAUGCCGAUAGCUUUAUUGCUCGUCCCAAUUACGACAGCGACUCGGAUGACGGCGCCAUCAUGAUGAAGCGCACAACAUCAAAGCACCGUAUGCAGCCACGUCGGCGCCACAGCUACAUGAACCACCACAAUGAGAGCAAAACCAUCGCCAUGCUCCCGUCGACCACGCUCAAGUAUCGCGAGGACACGGAAGAUCUACCGGGUGCCGGAUCGACCGGGUCCGCGAUGAAACACAGUUAUCGCAGCCCUGUUCUGUCACCCUCUUCGUCCCAGGAAACGCUGCGUCCGUCAAAAGCAUCCGGCAAACUUUUUUUUGGUGCGGAUGAUGACGAUGACGAAGACGACGAAGAUAGUGACGGACACGUUGUCCAACAACCCAAGGAUGACGACGAUGACGAUGACGACAAUGAUAGCAACAGCGAUGACGACAAUUUCGGUAUGGCCAUGAGCGGCCCAAUCCUGCGUGCUGGCGGCCUAAAGUUGUCAGGAUCGACCUCGAGACUCGGCGGCAAUUCAAUCGACAGUGCCUUGCACGCUUCAUCCAUGUUUGACAACAUUGGCAGCAGCAGCAGCAGCAGUAGUGGCGGCGGUGGGCUUAAGCGAACAACUUCGACCAGCAGCCUUUCCGCAGAACCUACCGGGAUGCGUAGAACAUCCUCGGGCAUGUUCAUGCCCUACGACGAAGGUGAGCCAGCAGAAGGCGGUAAUGGUGGGCUGGUUGGUCGAGUCAUUGAUACGGUCAACACAGCCCGCGACAUUAUCCACGUUAUUUGGAACGUCGGCUGGAGACCAUGA